UCGCUUUUAAUCUCAAAUGCAUCACUUGGAAGUGGGUCAGAUCAGCCGCACUCAAACAUAUGCACGAAUACAGUUCGCCUCGACCUGUUUUUAAUCCAAACCAUAACAAUAAUUGGAAAUAAUUUGGUCGAUGGCGUUGUCAUAGGCUGACCCAUCAUAACGAGAGCAAAAAAUGUAGACAUCAUAGACCAUAAAGUACCGAAAGUGUUCGAGCGUGACGUCACCGUCGUCAUUCUUUGUUCUGGGUCCGGUGACUCUCGUCCGCUUUACUUGCGUAAACAGCAGCUGGUGUCCGGUCAGCAAGAUCUAUUACAUAUAUGUGAACUUGCCAAGUAUGAAGACAUGGAGAACCAGGUGACGCUGACUGAACAAGAGCUCCUGGAGGAUGGCUUCGGCGAGACGCCGUUCUACCACUGCAUCAUCGCUGAAGUCCCAGGAGGGGACGCCAGCCAAGACUCCAAGGUGGUGGGCUUCGCCAUGUACUACUUCACGUACGACCCCUGGGUGGGCAAACAGCUCUACAUGGAGGAGUUCUACGUGAUGGACGACUUUCGAGGCCUCGGCAUCGGCUCGGAGAUCCUGCGGCGGCUCAGCGAUCUGGCAGUGAAGACACGCUGCACCGGUAUGAUGUUCGUAGUGGCCGAGAACAACGAGGUGUCCAUCCAGUACUACAAGCGUCGCGGCGCCGAGGACCUCUCUCAGGAGGAGGGCUGGCGGCUCUACCGCUUUGACAAGAGCAGUCUCGUUAAGAUGGCCACACCCACUGAGGAGUGACGGCGCCGGGAGAGGGAAGGUUUCAGUUAUUAAAUAAAAACCGAGAAAUCAUUUAUUGAAAUGUUGGCUUGAUGCCGCCUGCUUAAGUCACUAAGCUAUAACAAAAUGUAAUCACACACAAUGUCAAAAGUUUGCUCCAAGAUUUUGAUUGUAUUCCAACAGACUUUAACAAGUUAGUCCAACAUAAAUGGGCAUAGUGAGCAUUCAACACAUACCUGUGCACAAUAAAGAUAAAUUAAUUUAAA